AUGAGGCCUCCCCUUCUAGUUUAUGUACUGGGAAUCACCCUGUUAGUUGGAUUUGCUACCGAUCUCUCUCUGGCUGAUGACGUAGUCUCAGAUUCAGUGAAUCUUGAUGUUGAUCUUGGUGUCAGCCGUGAAGGAUCCAGGACAGAUGCUGAGGUUGUUCAGCGCGAAGGUGAAGCUAUUAAACUAGAUGGACUAAAUGCUGCCCAAGUUAAGGAGCUGCGAGAAAAUGCAGAGAAGUUUACAUUCCAGGCUGAAGUGAACCGUAUGAUGAAAUUGAUUAUUAACUCUCUGUACAGGAACAAAGAGAUAUACCUGAGAGAGUUGAUCUCCAAUGCUUCGGAUGCCCUCGAUAAAAUCCGUCUGCUAUCCCUGACAGAUUCCUCUGUCUUGGAAUCUACAGGCGAACUUUCUAUAAAGAUAAAGGCUGAUAAGGAAAAUAGAGCUCUUCAUAUCACUGAUACUGGUAUUGGAAUGACAAAGAAAGAUUUAGUGAACAAUCUUGGAACCAUUGCAAAGUCAGGUACUGCUGAAUUCCUGAGCAAAAUGCAAGAGUCAGCUGAGAAACAAGAUAUGAACGACAUGAUUGGGCAGUUUGGAGUUGGCUUCUACUCCUCAUUCUUAGUGGCUGAUAGGGUCAUAGUUACCACAAAACACAACGAUGAUGACCAGUACAUCUGGGAAUCUGAUGCAUCCAGUUUCUCCAUUACAAAAGACCCCAGAGGUAACACUCUGAAACGCGGUACUCAAAUCACCCUUAUCAUGAAAGAAGAGGCUGGUGAUUAUCUUGAGCAAGAUACUAUCCGCAACCUUGUAAAGAGGUAUUCUCAGUUCAUUAACUUCCCUAUUCACCUGUGGGCCAGUAAAACUGUCAAAGUAGAGGAACCUAUCGAGGAGGCAGAUGAGCCCAAGAAAACUCCAGAAGAUGAGGAUGAAGCGCAGGUUGAAGAAGACAAGAAUGAGGAAUCAAAGACUAAGACUGUCGAGAAGACUGUGUGGGACUGGGAACUUCUGAAUGACAGCAAACCCAUCUGGACUAGAAAACCAGCUGAUAUCACUGAAGAAGAAUAUAUUGAAUUCUACAAGGCCCUCACCAAGGAUGCUACUAAGCCUCUUGGGAAGGUUCAUUUUGUUGCCGAGGGAGAAGUAACAUUUAAAUCUCUGCUGUUUGUUCCGUCAGUUCUACCAAGCGAGUCUUUCAAUCGUUAUGGAACAAAGAGUGACCACAUUAAAUUAUAUGUUCGUCGAGUCUUCAUCACAGAUGAAUUUGCAGAAAUGCUUCCAAACUACCUUAGUUUUAUUCAGGGAGUUAUUGACUCAGAUGAUCUACCUUUGAAUGUGUCUCGUGAAACCUUACAGCAGCACAAGCUUUUGAAAGUGAUCAAGAAGAAAUUAGUUAGAAAAGCUCUGGACAUGAUGAAGAAAAUGGACAAGACCUCAUACAAGAAAUUCUGGAAGGAAUAUUCCACUAAUAUUAAACUUGGUGUGGUUGAAGAUGCCGCUAACCGUUCACGUUUGGCUAAGCUGCUGAUGUUCCAUUCAUCCAACCAACCAGAGAUGACAUCUUUAGAGCAGUAUGUUAGCCGCAUGAAACCCAAGCAAACUCAUAUAUACUAUCUGGCUGGUGCUAAUCGUGAGGAGGUUGAGCAGUCACCAUUUGUGGAAAGGCUUCGCAAGAAGGGGUAUGAAGUCCUGUACUUGGUGGAGGCAGUUGAUGAGUACUGUAUCACAGCUCUGCCAGAGUUUGAAGGAAAGAAAUUCCAAAACGUUGCUAAGGAAGGAUUUUCUCUCUCUGAGGCUGACAAGGACCGCCAUGAGGCUGCUAUCAAAGCAUUUGAGCCCCUCACAAAGUGGCUUUCUGAAGAAGCCUUGAAAGAUCAGAUUGCAAAGGCUGCUGUGUCAGAACGCCUUUCUGAUUCACCAUGUGCGCUGGUUGCCAGCAUGUUCGGUUGGACUGGCAACAUGGAGCGCUUGGCAGUGAGUAAUGCUCACCAAAAGGCUGAUGAUCCCAACCGAGCUUAUCAUCUUAACCAACGGAAAACUCUAGAAAUCAACCCCCGUCACCCAUUGAUCAAAAGCCUUCUGCAGAGGGUAGAGGUCAACGCUCAAGAUCCUGUUGCCAAAGAAAUGGCUGUUAUGAUGUUCAGGACAGCAACCCUGCGUUCAGGAUACAUGCUUAAGGAUACAGCUGAAUUUGCAGCCAGUGUAGAACAAAUGAUGAGGCAAACCUUAGGUAUACCAGCAGACGAACAGGUUGAAGAAGAGGAAGAAGUUGAAGAGGACUCAACAAACAAAGAGGAUGACAAGCAGGAAGAUGAAGAUCAAGAUCAUGAUGAAUUGUGAAGAUCUCUUAUUAUUUAGUCCCAACGAAGUACCUUUACGACAGACUGACAGUUUUAUGUGAUUCCAGUGAGUGAGAAAGAAUUCUUUAAUGUUCCUCUUCUCUCUUCACAUUUUUCUGUUUCAUAAUUGCUGACUAAAAUUCAGAACAAGAAGUCAUGUGCAAGAUUUAAUCUUUUAUUGAUGUCAUAUUGAUCAUGUUUGACAUCAUCUCUUAAUGUUUGCACCAUAUUGGUGUUCAUGACAUGGACUCACAAUACCAUGUAAAUGGUAAGAGAGACUUCUUCAAACCCGUGCAUUUCCAUAAGUUUUUGUUCCAACAAUUAAGUGGUCCGCAUUGUAGAGUUUCGGAUAUAUUUAUAAUGUAAAUAAACUUUGUGAUUAAAAUUGUGAAUGGACCCACCUUAUCA